UAUCACAUUAACUAUUUACUUUAAUAAGUUUUGCUUGAUUUUAACCACAAACCACAAACAAAAUGUCUAACAAACUUUUCAUUCUUUUGGGAUUGCUUGCUUGCAUCUCUGUAACGAUUUGUUCUGGAGACUCCAGUGAUAGUUCUUUAAAUUCAUCAUCGUCUGAUGAUGAUUCUACUGCAGAAGUAAAUGAAUCACCUGAUGAGAAUGAGAAUAAUGAAGAUGAGGAUGUAGAUGAUGAUGAUGACACUGAUGGUGAGGGUGCAGAUGAAGAAAAUGAAGUUAUUGAAUCACCAGAUGUACCAGAUGAAGAUGUAGAUGAGCCACAGCCAGAGUAAUCUGUCAAAGUUGGUUUUAUUCUAUUUUUAUCUCUUAAUAUUUGUUUGUUGGUUGUUUGUUUAAUCAUAUUAUGUUUAUUAAAUAUUCUUAUUCUAAAA